GGCAGCGCGAGUCACGCGUUGUUUGCCUCACAGAGCAAACAUGGCGGAGGAUGGAGAAUCGCUGGAGUCCUGGCUUAAUAAAGCCACCAGCCCUUCCAACAGACAGGAAGACUGGGAGUUUAUAAUGGGAUUCUGUGACCAAAUCAAUAAGGAACUGGAAGGCCCUCAAAUAUCCGUUAGACUGCUGGCUCACAAGAUUCAGUCCCCUCAGGAAUGGGAGGCGAUACAAGCAUUAACGGUUCUCGAGGCUUGUAUGAAAAACUGCGGGAGACGUUUUCACAAUGAAGUUGGGAAAUUUAGAUUUUUAAAUGAAUUAAUUAAGGUGGUUUCACCCAAAUAUCUAGGAGAUAAAGUAUCGGAGAGAGUGAAGACAAAAGUGAUCGAGAUGCUGUACAGUUGGACCCUGUCUCUACCAGAUGAAGCAAAGGUCUUUGAAGCGUAUGAAAUGCUGAAGUCACAGGGUAUUGUCUUAACUGACCCAGAAAUCCCUCUCGAUGCUACAUUAAUACCGUCUCCUUCUCCACGACCCAAGAAUCCUGUGUUUGAUGACGAGACGAAGAGCAAGAGAUUAGCUGAGCUGCUGAAGAGCAAAAAACCUGAGGAUCUGCAAGAGGCCAAUCGGCUCAUCAAGAACAUGGUUAAGGAGGACGAUGUCAGAACACAGAAAGUGACGAAGCAGAAAGGCACACUGGAGGCUGUAAAUACCAGCGUCAAACUCCUUAACGAGAUGCUCGCUCACUUCAGCCCGAACGACUCCACGGACGGAGACAAGGAGCUCAUUAGGGAGCUGUAUGCUGAUUGCGACAAGCUCAGGCAAACCGUGUUUCAGCUCGCUACUGAGACGGAAGAUAAUGACAGCAGCUUGGGAGACAUCCUGCAGGCCAGUGAUGACCUCUCACAUGUCAUUAAUUCCUAUAAGAGGAUUGUGGACGGACAGCUCAUCAAUGGAGAGACCGCAGAAGCACAACAAACACAAUUAUCAGUCAGACAAGGUGGCACGAACCAGUCGGAGAUUCUGAUUGACCUGGUGGGUCUGGACACACACAGCGUCUCUCUACCAGAGCAGCAGCCCCCCAUGUCCUCUCUCUCUCUUCCGGCUGACCUGCUGUGUGGGUCUGCUGCUACAGACCCUCAGUCCCCCAGCCCCAGUGCCCCCUCAGCAGCCCUCUCUCUGCUGGAUGAAGAGCUACUAUCUUUAGGCCUGAAUGAACCCGCUCCUGUUCCAAGUAAAUCAACGCCAGUAAACCUGGGGAAUGAUUUGUCAUUUUUACAGGAUUCCAGUCAAGAUUUGGAUUUCUUUGACACCACUUUGCCUUCCAAUCCUUCGUUCUCUACAUCUUCACUUUAUCCAGACGCUCUUUCUGUGACCGUUGCAGGAAUCUCAGCCAAGUCUUCUACAAAAGCCUCUGCCUUAAGCUUCCCUGGUACUGUUUUCUCCACUCCUCCUGUUUCUACGGCAUCUGUCUCAACAACAUCAAUCAUAUUCCCACAGCCUCUCAGCUCAGUGUUGACCACCACAGCACCGGCUGCUGCUCUUCCUCAGUCCUUCAUCAUGGCCCCGCCUGCUUCCUCAGCCACUACUGUCUCUCCACAAUGGGACUCCACUGGAGCGUCACACACCACUUCAACUUCUCUUAUUAACAAUCUGCAAGACUUUGGCUUUCUGGAUCUGGGCAGUCCUAACAUCACAUCGGGGGUGAUGGACGUUGGCAGCUCUCUGGUCAGGAGCGAGGAUCUGCUUGCUCCUGCUCUCCCCUCUUCCAGUCUCUCCAGCACGUCCCUCAUAGAAGUGAUGCAAGGAGGGUCCAUUCCCCCCCCGGCCAAGUGUCAGGCAGAUGACAGCCCUCUGUUACGCUCACUGUCCCCCGUCCUCCCUCUGAGCCAAGAGGUGUCCCUGGCCAAUGUCUUUGUCCCUUUGGAGGCCAUCAAGCCAAGUAAAAUGUGUCCCGUUACAGCAUAUGACAAAAGCGGGGUCCGUGUUCUGCUGCAUUUCGCCACUGACAGUCCAGCAGGUAGACCUGAUGUACUGGUGAUGGUGGCCUCCAUGCUUAACACCGCCCCUCUGCCAGUGAGGAACAUUGCUCUGCAGGCUGCUGUACCCAAGACGAUGAAAGUGAGACUGCAAUCACCCUCAGGGACAGAGCUGGCUCCUUUUAACCCGAUCCUUCCACCUGCUGCCAUCACUCAGGUCAUGCUGCUUGCAAAUCCUCUCAAGGAAAAGGUUCGGAUGAGAUACAAACUGACAUUCAAGCUGGGAGAGCAGCCACACUCAGAAGUGGGGGAGGUGAAUGAGUUUCCACCGGCUGACAGAUGGGGGGCUCUAUAACUCGGCCUACCGACACUACAGGUUUUUUAGCAAUUUAGUUUGUCAGUGCAGCUCAAAGGUCAAGAGAAGGGCGGUAUUGGAAAAUUGUUUUUAGGGAGAAUUGGAGAAAUACAACAUAUUACAGCAAAGUUCAAUGGACCUUGAAAGAGAUAUUUAGCUUGGGAUGGCCCACUGAAGUAGCCAGGCCUGUAGCAUACACAUACAUCCAACUAAAACGCGACAACAUGGCCAGAGGUAGUUGAUGUGGUGCAGUAACAAAUGUUUUGGAGCAGUUAAACAUGGAGGAUGUUUAAUUGUGAAAAACAUUGAUAAGGUAAAUAUUGCUAAACUUGAUCCUUUAGGAUUGUACAUGUAUUAAUAUACUUUUCUUUCUCUCAUUAAAUGUUCCUAUUUACUUCCCCUCAAUGCCAGACAGUCUUGAUAUAUAGCAAAAGCACAUGUCGAAGGAUAUUGUGAACCAGGGUGAUGUGAACAUGUGAUCACAACCUGCAUUACACAUGAUUUGCUGCUGUCUGUGUAUGAUAACAUGGUUUCACGCUGGAGACAUUGAACUGAAGCAGACAAGAGCCCCUCUGUUGCUAAAUGAGAGGCCCUCCCUGAUUGACUCAUUAGGAAUUGUUCAUCUUAGUUGACUUUCUUCAAUAUGCCUCACAGUAACUACUGAAUACUUUUACUUGUCUUCUGAGUUCUAUACUAACUCCUAGCUUAGACUUGUUAUGUUUUUUAGUCUUUAAGUAUUUAUUGACAUGAAUGUAUUAUUUAUUUUAGUUUGGGAGGAAAUUGUCAAAUCUGUUACUGUCCUGUACGGUAUUGCAAUUGACAGCUGUAUUCCUUCUGCAUACACAUCUUAUGAUGAACACUUUCAGUAUUGCAGUAUGAAAGGCACAGAUCAGUAGUGGGCUAUCUAAAGAGGCUUUGAUGUUACCAAAUAUUCAGACAAAAAUAUGUUACAGAAGGAAUUACGUAACUUGUUAGAUGUCAAGGCUGUGCAAUCUGGAUAGCAUUUUAAUAUAAGAAUGUAUUUUUUCAAUUGGCAAGCUUGUGCCAGACACAUUAGCCCCUUUUACCUAUUGGGUGCAACAAGAGAUAAUAGGAAGAGGGAUCAAUUGUAUACUUUAAGUGGACAAGCUUUAGGAAGUGCUGACCAAUUAACAAAUAAAUUGCUGGAGACAAACAAAUAUUGCUUGACGUUAAAACCGAGUGCUCUGCAAAGCUUCGCCCUUGCUUCUGCUGUUAGACCAUGUAGUGGAAACCAAACUAAAGAGCUGGGGUAUUUGCUCUUGGUCAACUGUAAAUGUUUAGCUUUUGUGGGGGUUUCCUAUAUCAAACUAGGAAUAUAUUUCUAUAUUUACGUAAGCGAUGAGAAAAAUACUGUGUAUCAAUAGUUAAACCUUGAUGGUUAAUUAAAGCAUUGUGGUUACCAUGUGUUCAUCAAAAACUGUGACUCCUUUUAUUUUUGUCAGUUUGGGGCUUUUAGUGCUAGACAGGAGAGUCUCUGCAUAUUUCUUAUACAACUAUUUAUUUGUUUUUUAUUGUCAUAAUGAACUUGUCAUUGCAUAUUUUUUUGAAAAACGUUCUGUGCAUGGGAAAAUAAAGAAUGAAAUAGAUCCGUUUGUAUUAAAUUA